CUUGGUUGCUUUCAGGGGAAGAGGUAAUGUUUACAAGUUUAAUUGAACUACAAAAACCAAGCGGCACAGGGCGCCAUUGCCUGUUUUGAGGGGAGAGGAGACUCCUUUCAGCAACAUUAUUCUUCACCCAGUCUAGUGUUAGGACGUUAUUUACUACAUUUCUGAUUAGACCACACCAUUAGUUGUGCUUUCUCUUCUAUUCCGGCUCUCGUAAGGAGUUAGAAACUGUUGGUGACACGGUAAACUCGUCUUUAGCUGCUCGGUCAGGUACAGUUUGUUAGCUAGCUUACAUUAGCCGACCGCGACCAGUAGAUUUACGGCUUAUAUCCGUGACUGCCCUACCAGGUAGAUCAACUAAAGCUGGAGGCGCCGGUCAGCCACAAUGGUUUGGUCAAUUCACCAAUUUCUGGUUGUUGACAUUGGCAAAUAAUUCAUCUGUUUUGGGAACAAAUCAACGCAACCUUUGUUCGGCUUGUGCGCAGCCUGGCUGGUUUGGCCUGUUUCAUUGUCUCCGAACAUCGAGAACACACAAGUUGUUUUUCAGUGUCGGUAGGUUGUUUGGCUAGUUAGGCUAACACUAGCCGCGUUCGUGUAAACAAAACCCCGUCAGCUGUCGACUCCAGAUAAUCUUGAAAGCUACCUAGUGCAGUAUGGCGCAACACGACCCCUCUCAUGUAGCCAGUUCACAGAAAGCACUCAUGUUGGAGAUGAAGAGCCUUCAGGAGGAGCCUGUCGAGGGAUUCAAAAUAACACUGGUGGAUGAGGCUGAUCUGUACAAUUGGGAAGUGGCCAUUUUCGGACCCCCAAACACUCAUUAUGAAGGGGGUUAUUUUAAGGCACGGAUCAAGUUCCCCAUAGACUAUCCGUACUCCCCACCUGCCUUCCGGUUCCUCACCAAGAUGUGGCACCCCAACAUCUAUGAGAAUGGAGAUGUGUGUAUUUCUAUAUUGCACCCUCCAGUGGACGACCCUCAGAGCGGAGAGCUGCCUUCAGAGAGAUGGAAUCCCACCCAGAAUGUCCGCACCAUUUUACUGAGUGUGAUCUCACUGCUGAAUGAACCCAACACCUUCUCUCCUGCUAAUGUGGACGCCUCCGUCAUGUACCGUAAAUGGAGGGACAGCAAGGGCAAGGACCGGGAAUAUGUAGAAAUCAUCAGGAAACAGGUUAUGGCCACCAAAGCGGAAGCUGAGCGCGACGGUGUGAAAGUCCCCACCACGCUGGCCGAGUACUGCGUCCGUACGCGUGUCCCGGCUCCCGACGAGGGCUCUGACCUCUUCUAUGACUAUUACUACGAUGAUGACGAUGUGGAGGGUGAAGAUGGCGACUGCUGCUACGACGAGGACGACUCGGGCAAUGAGGAGUCGUGACAUGGUUUUUCGACGGCGCCUCCAAUCUAGCUGACAUAUGCUUUGAAGCUUCCCACUUUCAAACCAAUGAAAAGAGCAGUUUUUCCCUAAAUCUCUGAAUUAUUCUCGGAGGUUUAAAUUGAUGCAUCGUUGUGGAAGGGUCAGUCCUGGUAAGAUUUGCACCAGCACAAAAGUCACCAGUUUUGCAAACAGUUUCCAUCAUCACCUAAAACCUUACUUUGAGAGAAUAACUUCAACUGUCGCGUAACCUUAUUGAGUUGUUCAGUCCCCUGUACAGUGUAAGGUAUUGUUGGAGUUAUACCACUGUCAACAAUAGCAACAUUUGCACUGGUGCAAACGCUUCCAAACUUUACUCAGCCUCUCUCUUGCAUAUCUUUAUUUCCCUAAUUGUAACUGGAUGUUGCUCACCAGUAGUUGGUCUGAGUGACCGACGAAUGAAGAGGACUUCAAGCAGCCUGUUGUUUGUUGUUGAGCAGCGCGCUGCAAACAUAUAGAAUCUGACAUUUUCACAGUCUGUCUCGCUUCAAAAGGGCAGGACAUGAAUUGACACGGGACGGUGUUUUUCAAAGUUCCUGUGCAUGCCAGAACAACUUUGAAAGCUUUGUGUCUCUUUUUACUGGUGGACAGUUUACCCCACACCGUGAUCUGAUCUCAGCUCGGCGAUAACAAGCACUUGCGACAAUGGAGCACUCUCUUGUCUGAGGGGAUCGUGUGGCGAGCCGAGUCAGCGGAUCGAAAUCCUCAUGUGAACACUUUUGCUAACAUGAAAUUGAUCUUUGCUGUGUUUCUUCUAGUUUACUGUUGGAUGUGUUUUCUCUGUCAUUUUGAGUGUGGGGUUAUGUUAUUUGAAGUAGCUCAGACGUAAGAGUCGUGUAGGAUGACCGAGUUUUUCGGGAGGUGGGGGGUGGGGUGGUCGGGCGGAACUAAUUACUGAUCAGAUCUGUAUUUCCUCCACAGGUUUACUCUCAGAGUGUCCUGAAGGAGCCAAAGAAACCAGUGUAAAAGAAAGCCCAAAAUAUUUUAUGACUGUUUGUUGUAUUUUUGUCUUUGUUUGCUCUCUUGCAAGCUUUCUUAUUUUCGUCUCUUUCUUAGGGUAGACAUUAUGCCUGCAGCCUCUGCUUGAGAAUGAUUUUUUGUGAUGAGAUUAUUAGGUUUAAUUGGCAAAAAAAAGUUCUCCUGUAGGAAAAGUGUCUGUCUUAAGGUGUUGUUGCAGUAUCAGUCAGGAUUAUCAAAGUGAAGUGAAGAAGAAGAAGGAGGCCAUCAUGUUUUAUUUACAUCUCUUUGUGUUCACUGAGAGUGGACGGGUUUUGAUAUAAUUUUUAGAGUGUAUGGGUGUCCUCUGUGUGUAUUGUUGCAUCAGCAAUAUUGAUUGUUUGAUUUACUUAAAUUGGGACUUCAUACUGAAUUUCUCAGGAUAAUGAAUUACACAUGAUGAAACAACUCAAACAAGCAAAUAUUUUCCUCUGCAGGUGGUCUUCAGCGUUGGUUUACAGCUUCAGCAGGAACCAUAACUGAUAUGCACAUGUAGCUGUAUGGAUGAUCACCAUAUUGUUUUAUUCACCUGUGGUUAUUUUUUAUUUUCGGCUAUUUAAAACUGAAAAAUAAAGAUUUAUUGGACAAAAGA